AUGAAUGAAGAAAAUAAUAACAAUAACAAUGGAUUUCAUUUACAACCAACAUUAAUUCAAAUGAGUGAAAUUUUACAACACUCUGUCGAAUUAAAAUUAUGUUCAUCAAUAGAAACACAUAAUGUAUUUUGGGAUACAUUGUUAUAUAAUAUUGAAGAUAAUGGUGAUGCCAUAUCAAUGAUUAUUUCAUUAUUAUUAACUAAAUAUAUAAUGUUAUUUAAUAAUGAAAAGUCAUCCAAUACUUUACUUCAAUCAUUAUUUACAAAGUUAACAAAUGCACCAGCAGAAGAAUUUUUUGAAUUACUUAAUAACUCAUAUAGAAAUAGUGUCAAUAUUAAUAAUAACAACAAUAAUAAUAAUAAUAAUAAUAGUACAAAUAAUUCACCAAUUAAUACAAGUUUGGAUAAUUCCACUACAGCCGGUGAAGAAGAUGACGGUGAUGAAAGUGAAAGUGAUAGCGAAUCCGAAGACGAGGUAUUAAAUAAUGAAGAGGGUAACAAUAAUAAUGAUCAACAAAAAAGAAAAUCAAAAAAAGUUGUAUAUACAGAAUUAGAAACUUUUAAUAAUAGUACAACAGUAGUCGAAACAAGCACAACAGUAAUUUAUACAAAUAAUGGAGGCAACACAUCACAACCAACAACCUUAUCAACAUCAGGCAACAGUAUAAAUUUAUCACAACCAUCAACUCCACCAUCAAAUGAAUUAAAUUCAAACUACAACAACAAUAGCAAUAAUUUUGAUAAUAUUUUUAAUGAUACAACAUCAACAACAAUAAAUUAUAAUUAUAAUAACUUAACAAGUGAGGAACUUAAAGAAUCAGAAAGUAAUAGAUUAUUAAUUUUAUCAACUAUUGGGUAUCUAUCAUUGUUUUAUACAUUCAAUCCACAAUUCCCAACAUUAAAAGUUAUAUUAAAUAAAAUUAAUCAAUUACAAUUCGAUAAAAAUAAAUCAGAAUCAAGUUUCUUGGCUGAAAUCGCACGUAUACUUCAAAAUGGUUAUCAAGAUAAUAAUGAUUUCAUCUUCUUUUUAAUUGAUCAAUGUUCAGAAACUCAAAUAUCAAAUGAUAAUCAAAGACAAAUUAAAAUGGGUUCUUGGUAUAGCGCUUGUAUUAGAAAAAUUUUAAGAGAUGAAUCCAUCAAUAAAUCAAAUGAAAUUCUUUCAUGUCUAUUAUUAUUUUUAAAACAUCCUUUAUUAACCAAAAGAAAAGUUUUAAUAUUAUUACAAAUGUUAAAGCAUCUUUUAUUAAUAACUCCAGUAAUCUCACCAGGAACAAUCGAAACAGCACUUACUUUGGUAAAGACUUACUAUCAUUGGCCAAAACCAUAUUGUACAUUUGCCAAAGAGAUAUUAGAACUUUUAUCAUUAGAAUCAAAGUGCCCAGGAUCCUAUUUCAGAAAUAUGUUAACUGUAGAGUUCCCAUCGAUCAUUGCCCAACCAAAUAGCAUUAGUGCCAACAAUCUCACUAAUACACUAUUUAGCAAUAAGAACAGACCAACUGUUCACUUUUUAGUAGAUAAAUAUAACAGCGAAGCAUUACUUAUUCAAGAGUUAUUUGAAAAUUCAAGCUCUGCAACCUAUUUACCAACUAUCACUCAACUUCAAUCAAAUAAUAUAGAGAAUAUUUUCAAGAGAAUUUUAGGUGUUGAUAACACACAAUUGGGUUUAGAGUAUUUGGAACCAAUCGAUGUAUCACAAUUCCAUUUCAAGAUAUUAGAGAUUAUGAAUAAAACAAUGUAUUUGGAGAAAUCGACUUCGAUAGCCGCCAGAAUUGAACAACUUUGUACAAUUAGAGAUGAGAUUAUUAAAGCAUCUUCAACCAACAAUACUCCAUUCUCUCACAAACCUAAAGCAAUUGAAUUACCACCUUUAUCAUAUCAAUUUAAUUCGUUACUUACUUUAAGUGUUCGUCAAAAGAGACCCGAUCAAUACGCCACCCAAUACCAAAUCCCAAUAAACAAGAAAACUACAAAUGCUUUAAUUACUCUUCUUUCAAAAUAUCAAGAUCAAGAUUAUCAAGAACAAGUUAAAUUUGCAAUCGUUGGUAAUGACGCUUCCAUCCAACAUGUUUUAGGUGCCUAUCUAUUCCUUAGAAUUCAUUCACCAGAACUAUUUGAAGAUUUAGAAUUAUUAUUUUAUAUUUUACCAACCAAUUCCCAAAAUCUUUAUAAUAAUUGCAGAAUUUCAGAUUUUAUUUCAUCAUUUGAUUUCUGGUAUCAUAAACAAGUUUCAAUUUGCCUCAAAUCAAUUUAUAAUAUUAUACCAUCAUUUAUACCAGUUGCAAAGGUUUCAAAUUUAGAAAGACAAUCAUUCAUUGAAUCAAUUUCACAAAUUAAAGAUUUAAGAAGCAGUAUGAGUAUACCAAAAGAAGAAACAAAUAAACUAAAUAUUUCUAAAGAACAAGUUUUAUCACCACCACAAUCAGAGAUUGAUAAUAAUGAACAAGCAAACACUGCAACAAAUAAUAACGAUAAAAAAAUGGACCAUGAUUUAAUCGAAACACCAUCACAUAUUAUUCAAAGCGAAGUUGAAUAUUUAUUUAGAGAGGCAUCAUUCUGUUUAGAUAUCCCAGUUGUCAAAUGCGAAGGUUGGACUGAUGAUCAAUAUUAUACCAUUCCAUUCUUAAUGAAAGCAGAAAUUAAUAUUCAAACAUUUAUAGUUGCAAAUUCAGGUGAUAUGACUAUAAACACAGCAACCCUAGUCAAUACUUUAAGCAGUAUGAAUAUUAAUGGUUCAAAUAGCGUAGCUUUAUCAAACCUCGAUAAUAAUGAUAGUGGCGAUAAUGGAGAUGGCUCAAAUACAAAUUCAAACAGUGACGGUAAUAAUGGGGAUGGAGAUAAUAGCGGCAAUAAUAGCAAUAGUAUAAACUCUGAAUCCUCACAAUUGGCCAAGUUGAUUUCAAAAUACCAACCAACCAAUGUCAGCAUUAAAAUCCAACAGUGCAAUCAAAUGGGCCAAUCAUUACAAUGGAUUAACAUUGAAUCAAAAUCAUACUAUGGUAUUGAAAUUAAUAAUAUUAUGCCAAAAUCAACAAUUAAAUCAUCAUCAUCAUCAUCAUCAUCGAAUCAAACAAAUACUGCAGCUAAUUUCAACUUAAAUAAACAAGAUAACCAAAUGAAACCAAAAAUGGAAAUUCAUUUAGUAGAAGCAGAACAAAAGAAAAAGAAAAUCAUUUCAUCCGAAGAUCUCUUUAGAUUCUUUACCACAGUCAUCGAAAUUGAAUCUCCAGAUAAAAAGAAAACCUUUGAUAUACUUUUAGAUGGUCAACUCCAUGGUCCAUUCAAUAAAAUCAAAUUAUCUUUUUGUAGCAACAAAGAUACUCCAACUGUUGGUAACACAAGAAAUAGUACUGUACCUUCAACUGUUUCACCAGAUAAUUCACUUUCAAAUGAUGAUUUCAUUACUUUCCCAAUUAUGACAUUCUUACCAUUAGAAUAA